AUGAAAUUGGAUAAAAGCCAUACUAUCGGAGAAACACGCGUCAAAUCCUACUUACUGAAAGCAGCUGAUAUCGUUCUUGGACCAGAAACUAAACAAAAAUUUUCACAAAUACCUCUUUCUGACAACACUAUUAAACGUCGCAUUGAUGAUAUGGCUGAAGAUAUAAAAAAUCAGGUAGUUGAGGCCGUGAAAGAAUCAUGUUUUUUUUUGCAAUACAGUUGGAUGAGUACAGAUGUUGCGCAAUGUUGUCAACUGUUAGUUUUUGUCCGAUACAUACAAAACGAAACAAUUAAAGACGAAUUGCUGUUUUCAACAGAGUUAACGACAACUUCGAAAGCAAUUGAUAUAAUGACAGCAAUCUCUGAAUUCUUUGAUAAACAUGAACUGUCAUGGAAAAAGUUGAUAGGCGUAUGCACAGACGGCGCUCCGGCAAUGCUUGGAUCUCGUUCAGGAUUCGUACAGUUGGUCAAAGAAAAAAAUCCCAACGUAAUUACCAUUCACUGUUUUAUACACCGUCAAGCCUUGGCAGCUAAAACACUUCCAAACGAACUCUAUGACGUCUUAAAAUUAUGCAUUAAAAUUGUUAAUUAUAUUAAAAAGAGUGCAUUAAACACGCGGCUUUUUGCGGCUCUCUGUGAAGAUUUGGGCACAGAACACAAGACAUUGUUAUUUCAUACAGAAGUGCGCUGGCUUUCAAAAGGAAAUAUGUUGACAAGAUUGUUUGAACUGCGAGAUGAAGUAAUUCAGUUUCUAGACAUUCAAAAACAAACUGAAUUGUUUGUGGAAUUUAAAACACCAUGGGUCCAAGUAAUAUUUGCUUAUUUAUCAGAUAUUUUUGAUUCAUUGAACACUUUAAACUUGAAAUUACAAGGUGGAGACUCGAACAUAAUUCAUCAUCGGGAUGCUAUCACAGCAUACACUGAGAAGUUGCAACUGUGGAAACGCAAAAUUUUGGCGUCUAACUAUUCCUUCUUUCCUAAAUUACUUGCGAUCACAGAAGAAGCAUGUUUUAAGGAGAUUUUGGAUGUAAUUGAUACCAAGAAUCAAAUAUCAAACCAUUUGCAACACCUCACGGACGAAUUCAAGCGCUACUUUCCCGACUCGUGCAACAAUAUUAUGUACCGAUUAGCGACCGAUCCUUUUCACGUCGACAUAGACAUGCUGCCAGAUACAUUACAAGAGCAAGCAUUAGAAAUCAAAAAUGAUUCUGCUGCCCAAUAUGAUUUUGAGAAGAUGGAUAAGGCACUAUUUUGGAUUAAAUAUCUCAAAGUUUAUCCCAGCACAGCAGAGCAGGCACUAAAAUUAUUUCUACUUUUUCAAGCACUUAUUUGUGCGAAAAAGCAUUUUCAGCAGUUGUAG